AUGUUAGGCAAGAAAGAACACUCGUCGGAUCAAUGGUGGGAGAAGGCCUUCGAUAACCAGCUCAAGAACCUCGAUGUGUCUGGCGGCGGCGCAUCCGGCGAAGUUACGGUAAAGCAGACUGCGCCGAUCUCAACCGCAAUUGGAAUGGAGAAAAUGGCGAAGUACUAUAUCCGCUUUGUGAAGGGUGGAAUACUGGAGGGAGAAGUUGAGAAAAUGGUGAAGGAAGUUGAGGAAAUCCCGGAAGAUAUCUCAACAGCCAGUGAAGCAGAGAGGAAGCUUCAGAGAAAGAAAGAGAAGAGGGCAAAGAAGGAAAAAAAGAGUAAGCGGGAUAAAAAGCGGAAGACUGGCACGGUGAAGGAGGAGAGUAAAGAGGAGCGAAGCGAGAGAAAACGGUUGAAACGGUUGGUGCAGAAAGAGCUGGAGCUCUUGAAGCUUGGGAAGUGA